AGGGUUUCAGACUUUGUCUGCUUUUUCUUUUUGCAUCAUAUAUAAGCAGAGAGGGGCUUCAGGUGUGAAAGUCUGAAAGUUAAUAGUCUUUUCUCGAACGAGGAAAAAAAAUUGAUCAAACAUGUGGAGUCAAAAUCCAAGCUUCAGGUUUGAGAUAGAGGAGUUCUGGAAGAAAAAGAAAGCUGCCGUAUUGUCUAAGGUAUUCGUUGCUGGCGGAUGCGAAUGGUACCUCGAAGUUUAUCCCAAGGGAGAUCUUGCUGAUAAUCACUUGUCUGUGUACCUGCACGUUGCAAACCCUAAAUCAUUGCGAGUUGGAUGGAAAAGGAAUAUUAAUUUUUACUUCACCGUGUUGAAUCAUCGCAAUAUAGAGCGCUGCAGAUCUAAAAUUGCAAAUAACACAGUUUUUGACGCUAAGGGCAAAGCAUGGGGCUUCCGAAAGUUACAUCUCCUUAGCAAGCUUAAGGAGAAAUUCUUUAUGGGGAAGGACAGUCUCAUCGUUGAAGUCUAUAUUGAUGUGAUUACUGUGGAUGGAGAAACCGAAGAUGUAAUAGAGAAAGAGACUGUGGAUACCAACGGUUUUCAGGUUUCUGCUUCUCAGGUUGCUUUAGUGAAGAAGAUAUUCGUAGAGCAUCCAGAUAUUGCAUUAGGUUUAAAACCAAAGAACCAAGUGGUGAAGACAGCAUACAUGAAUGUCCUUCUCGGCCUCAUCAAUACACUGAACAAGCCUUCAGAGAGUCACUCAGAGGCUGAGCUACUCAUCUCUCAGGGCGAGUUGAGUGAGCUGGAAGAAGUGGGUUUCAAGAUUGACUGGUUGAAGCCAAAGCUUGAUAAUGUCUUCUUGGAGAGGAAGAAAGAUGAUGCUGAUGGUUCGAGGCUCCAACAGCUUGAAGAACGUGUGAAGAAUCUUGAGCAGAUGGAAGAGAAUAUGGACUCUUUGAAGAGAAAGAUUGAUGAGAUGGAGAAAGCAAAAGCGGAUGAGCCUCGGGUCGAAAAUCUUGAGGAACGCGUCCAGAACCUUGAGGUGAUAGAAUCAGAAUCAGGCUUGAGGAUGGACUUUUUGAAGUCGAAACUUGAGGAUGCUUCCUUGGAGAAGAAGAAAGCAGAGGAUGCUGAUGGGUUUAGAGUCCAACAAUUAGAGGAAAGCGUCAAGAAGCUAGAGGUAAUGGUGUCUGUUCUCACAGCGAAACUGGACCAGGAGAAGGCCAAACCUGCUUCUCAUGAUUUUUUGUUGCUCUAACGAGGCAGCUUGAUUUAACAGAUACUUGGCUUCUUAUUGUUUGUGUUCUAAGUUUACUCUGUCGGCCUCGAAGCUUGGUAUUAACUGCUACAUAAUAGGUUUCUUAAUCAAAAAGAGAAAAUAUGCAAAGCCUUGAAUACUUCUUAAUUUUGGGUUAAAGAUCUCUAAAUAUAUAUUUAAACAAUACACCAUUCAGAUACUGGAAUCGAAAAUGUUAAUACAUAGAGAACCUCAAGAAUAAACAGUGAUCAUAUACUGAUAGAAGAUAAAUGUUGCCACAGUUUCAUGUAUUUGAAAAAGAUUCAUUUCUAGAUCCAAACAUUGUCUUAGCAAACUCGAGUAAUUAAAACAGAGUAUUUCUUAGACAAAAAAAAAAACAA